CCCGAAUCGUCUAACCAGGAAAUACAUCACGGAAGUCGCUAGCUGACACUACGCUUUUAGCUAAAAUAGACAUGAUAUUGCGAUUUCGAGAGGCAAACUGAGAAGCAGAAUUCGGGGAUUUUAUAUUGCACAAAAUAUGUACUAAUAGACAUUGCAUUUGAUAGGUAAAAGAGAUGAGGAGACGUACACUGUGAUCAACGAUAGCUAGCCUAGCACCUGCCGACAGCUGUGACCACAAUGUCCAGUCCACAAGCUACACUAACGUUACAGUAUGAGAAAUGCAUCAACCGACGUUAAUCUUCUUUAGCUAAAUUCUCUUUCGGCUUUGCAUCAGUUCUCGCUCCUCGGUUUAGAGGAGGAUAGCGUCGCUACAGUAUCUGCCUUGCACAUUUCGUACUUGAAGGACUAUACUCAAUCGGCAGCAUGUUUCAGAAGACCUCUUUCACGACGCUCAUAGUCGGGGUGUUUGUUGUGUAUGUUUUGCAUACUUGCUGGGUGAUGUAUGGCAUCGUUUACACCAAGCCUUGUGAGAACCCCAAAUUCGAAAACUGCCUCAACCCUUAUCUGGCAGGAAAACCACGACUCCAGGUUGGUAUGCAUCAUUGAAGCUAGCUAGAUGGAAUGCAAACUUAGUCAGCCAGCCGUUUUGCAAUAGCUAAGUGUGUGAACGUUUGCUGUGUUGUUGGUUUUUCCUCCAUUUUCAGCUGAGUAUCUACACUGCUUUACGACCCAAUGCUGAUGGUGGACACACCCUCAUUCACAAGGAGGAGGACUUUGAUGUGGAGUCCAAGUUUGAAAGGUGCAACUUUUCUUACAGUGACAGGAUAUGGCUGUAUAUAUGUCCGUUGUAAUAAGCAGGAUGAUCACCUAUGGAAACUUUGUGGUAGACACAGUGAUCUCUGGGUAGUUGCAGGAUUACUUGGACUUCAUAUAAGCAAGUCAUCCAAAACGGCUGCCCAAAUUCAUUGUAGAUGGUUAAAUGUUAACGUUGAACAAACAGUCAAUAGACUAUUUCAACCUGCGAAGUUGUACCUCUCCCUGCUAUAUCUAUUUAUCCCUUUUCCUAAAGGAUUGUGAAUGUGUCCCUCCCGAAGAAGACCCGUAAGAAUGGGACGUUGUAUGCCAUGGUGUUUGUACACCAGGCAGGCAUGUCUCCGUGGCAGGACCCCAGGCAGGUGCACCUGGUGACCCAGCUCAUCACCUACAUGAUACCCAAACCACUGGAGGUCAGCCUGAUCUCAGGGGAGGAAGCACCAAAGGUCAGACUACUAUUACACCACACAAUGGCUGCGUUCCCUAAAUAGUGCACCAUGGGCUCUGGUCAAAAGUAGUGCACUCUAAGCAAAUAGGUUGCUAUUUGGGAUGCAGACAGCAUGUACAAGAGCCAUGGAAAAGCUCCAAAGCAAGUCACUCGUUGGUAUCUAUUUAAAAGCCUUCAUUGUUAAGGUAUGUCCAUACACACACGGUGGCUUGCCUUGGAAUCAACCAUCCUGAAUGGUCCCUCUGUAGCAUGUUUGUCUACAUAAAAAUGUGUUACAUUGGAAUAUCCUUCACAUUGGAAUGCAUUUCUGUGGGGUACGUCUUUCAAACUGUCUUGCUGAUUUUAUUGUUUUGACCACUGCCCUUUUCUGCAUUUUUCAUUAGUGUUGUUUUGUUAUUCACUUGUCCUUUUCUCUGAUCUGUUGUUGUCAUUGUGCCCAGUGCAGCCAGAGCAGCAGAAACGGAAGACUACUACUGGAGGUGACUCUGCAGUGGACCGGCCCGUGUCUCACUGGCGCUCACGUCUCACACUCAAUGUGGUGUCAGAAGACUUUGUCUUCGACAGGGACUUCCUGCCCAGUGACGUGCACCGCUACCUGAAAGUGUAAGCACACGCUUAGCACAGCACUUAGCACUCAUGAUACAAUCUAGCCCUUGACCAUGACUCAGUUCCUUUACAUUACACAUACAAGUAAUUGCCGUCUUCUCAAGGGGAGGGGGUUUGUUAAGAUCCCUGACGCUCGGUCUGAACAUUAACAUGCAUCGCUUGCGGUACAAUUUUGGAAGCAUAAGGACCUUAUCUUUCAUAUCAGCAAGAAAUAAUAAUAAAAAAAUUUUUAAAAAUGGUUUAAUUGAUACACACAUUGAUAGGGUUAGUGUUUCCACAUGGCCAUAUCAUAUCUCCAUGUUAUAGCUCUUCUUUACGGAAAAUAGACUAGAGGCGACCACCUGUGUUAAUUAUCUAUCUAGCAUGCACUGAAGACCUGUGUGUAAGCGUAACUCAGGAAGUGUAGCGGAAGUGUAGUUUCGUCGGAUGGAGCUGCAUAGCUGUAUGGAUCUGUGCAAAACUGCUACAGUAAGUAUAUAUUUUUUAUUUUAAGGAUUAUUUUUUCGCUAAUGAAAGAUAAGGGCCAUAUGUUUUGAAAAGCCGUAUCGCAAGUGAUUAUUAUUGAAGUUUCUAAAUGUUAAAACACAGCGUUGGGAUUGUAGUUCAUGAUGCAGUCGUGGGCAAAGCUAAUGGCUGAGAACUGUAGGGAGAAGGCAGAAUGCCACCUAGAGUUUGAGAGAGCUAGAUACAAUCCAGAAUUGAAAUUCAUCAUACACUUACAAAUAGACACCUGGCACUAAUAUACAAUACACAAUACAAAAAUGCCUUUAUUAGAAACUGGGUGGUUCCAGCCCUGAAUGCUGAUUGACUGACAGCCGUGGUAUAUGAGACGGUAUAUCAUUGAUGGAUUUUCCUUGAUUGUUGUACUGUGUUCAAGAUUUCAAAAUGGAAAAAAGAUGGUGUACCUUCCACUGCUGUUUGUGGAUGAGCUGAGCAACCGAGUGAAGGACUUGAUGGAGAUCAACAGCACCAGCAUUGAACUUCCUCUCACUAUCUCCUAUGACACCAUCUCCCUCGGGAAACUCCGCUUCUGGAUUCACAUGCAAGAUGCCGUCUACUCCCUGCAACAAUUCGGUGAGUAGUACCAUGGAAAUAUAAUUCUAUGGGUGACAUUUUCGUAGUGCAAAAGAAUUGUGCAAAGUGCAAAAACUACAAUAAACCUCAUCAUAAUCUCGCAAUGAGAUUUAAUUGGUUUGUUUGUUGUGAUUUCAGGCUUCACUGAGAAAGACGCGGAUGAAAUCAAGGGCAUAUUCGUGGACACCAACCUGUACCUCUUAGCCCUUACCUUCUUUGUAGCUGCCUUUCAUGUAAGACUAAAGUCUAACUGUUCCAUAUAGAUUAAGUGACAUUCAUCUUUAAUGGAUGAUUCUGACUCACAGGCCUAAAUCAGGGAUGGACAACUUUGAUGGGGGUAGGGGCCACAUAAAAUCUGAAAUCAUCAUGCGGGUCUGCCGGCCCUAGCAAAUGUUGUUGCCACAAGAGAAAAACUUCUGAUGCACAACCACAUUUUGAAAUAGCACCUUGUGUAUUCUAAUUCUCAAUAGUAAAUUGAGACCCCGACUGAUUUCCUACAAAUAUUUCCUUUGCAGCUCCUCUUUGAUUUCCUGGCCUUUAAAAAUGACAUCAGCUUCUGGAAGCAGAAGAAAAGCAUGGUGGGGAUGUCCAGCAAAGCAGGUGGGUUGAUUUCUCACUAGGAUGCUGUUAGGCAGGGUCGGGGUCAAUUCCAAUUGAAGUUAAUCAAUUCAGGAAGUAAAUCGAAUUUAGAAGUUAAAAAAAAUAAAUAGCUUCUCCUUUUCAGUUUAUUGAUAAAUGAUUGAAAAUAAAUGCUAUUCUUUUUCAAUUAUUUAAUUGGAAUUUCAGUUUACUUCUUGAAUUGACUGACUUCAACUCAAAUUGAGCCCAACCAUGGCUGUUUUGGAUGGAUGGUCUUCUCUCUGUGUGCCCUGGUUUGUCAUCCAGACAAACUGCAGAUACCUGUAGUCACAUUGGUGGGUGUGUCUUAGUUCAAAUGUCUUAGUGUGCUGAUGUGCCAUAUGAUAUGCGUUUGGUUCUAUAACUGAUUGUAACUGACAGCUAAAGUUGUGUUUAAGGCUAUAAUCCAAAUGGUCACCAAUAUGAACUUGUAUUGCUCUCUCACGUUAAACCACAAAUACAACCGACGUUGUGGCUAUUCAGUGGAGUUGAAUAUAACAUAUAUGCCUUUGUGUGUGGGAUGAUAUGCAAUUAAGCAAUAAGGCCAGAGGAGGUGUGGUAUAUGGCCAAUAUACCACGGCUAAGGACUGUUCUUUGCACGACGCAACGAGGAGUGCCUGGACACAACCCUUAGCCGUGGAAUAUUGGCCAUACAUCACAAACCCCCGAGGUGCCUUAUUGCUAUUAUAAACUGGUUACCAAUGUAAUUAGAGCAGUAAAAAUAAAUGUUUUGUCAUACCCAUGGUAUACGGUCUGAUAUACCAUGGCUGUCAGCCAAUCAGCAUUCAGGGCUCGAACCACCCAGUUUAUAAUUGUGUAUAUAACCAAUGGUUGACUAUUCUUCUUAGGCCUGUUUAUGUUAUGUUCCUUUUCCAGUACUGUGGAGGUGUUUCAGCACCAUUGUGAUUUUCAUGUACCUGUUUGAUGAGCAGACCAGCCUGCUGGUCCUCAUUCCUGCUGGAAUAGGCUCCCUGAUCGAGGUACGUCUCCGCACAUGCUGUCAGUGGCUGUGUCCCAAUUGGCACCCUAUUCCCUAUGUAGUGCACUGCUUUUGACCAGGGUUAUGUCCCAAUUAACUCUCCUUCCUCCCAAAGUGUGCACUUGUUCACUAAUUCACUUAUUUGGAAGGAAAUUACAAGUAUAAGAUACAGUGAGCUCCAUAAUUCAUUGGACAGUGACCAUUUUUUUGUUAUUUUGGUUCUGUACUCUAGCACUUUGAGUUUGAAAGGAUACAAUGACAAUGGGGGUGAAGUGCAGACUGUCAGCUUUAAUUUGAGGGUAUUUUCAUACAUAUCGGAUGAACUGUUUAGAAAUUAUAGAAGCUUUUGUACAUGGUCCCCCCAUUUUCGGGCAUCAAAAAACAUUGGACAGUUUAACAUAAUGUAGAAUAAAGUAAUCAUUGUUAAUAUUUGGUCGCAUAUCCUUUGCAUGCAAUGACUGCUUGAAGUCUGCGAUGCAUCGAUAUCACCAGACGCUGGGUAUCUUCCCUGGUGAUGUUCUGCCAGGCCUGUACUGCAGCCAUCUUCAGUUCCUGCUUGUUUUGGGGACUUAUUGCCUUCAUUCUCCUCUUCAGCAUGUAAAAUGCAUGUUCAAUUGGAUUCAGAUCCGGUGAUUGACUCGGCCAGUCAAGGAUUUUCCACUUUUUGGCCAUCAAAAACCCAUUUGUUGCUCUAGCAGUAUGUUUAGGGUCAUUGUCUUGUUGCAUGAUGAAGUGCCGUCCAAUGAGUUUGGAGGCAUUUGGUUUUAUCUGAGCAGAUAAAAUAUUUCUGUAGACUUCAGAAUUCAUUGUUCAACUUCUGUCUGCAGUCACAUCAUCGAUGUGUCUAUUUGUAAGUGUAUGAUGAAUUUCAAUUCUGGAUUGUAUCUAGCUCUCUCAAACUCUAGGUGGCAUUCUGCCUUCUCCCUACAGUUCUCAGCCAUUAGCUUUGCCCACGACUGCAUCAUGAACUACAAUCCCAACGCUGUGUUUUAACAUUUAGAAACUUCAAUAAUAAUCACUUGCGAUACGGCUUUUCAAAACAUAUGGCCCUUAUCUUUCAUGGGCAUUUCUUUUUUUUCUCCACACUUUCCUCUUUCCAUCACUCUGGUACAUGUUAAUCUUUGUCUCAUCUGUCCACAAUACUUAUUUCCAGAACUCUUGGGGCUCUUUUAGGUGCUUUUUAGCAAACUGUAAUCUCGCCUUUCUGUUCUUCAGGCUUAUCAGUGGUUUGCAUCUUGUAGUGUACCCUCUGUAGUGCUGCUGGUGUAGUCUUCUACGUAUGGUAGACUUUGACACAUCUACACCUGCAUCCAGGAGAGUGUUUUUGAUCUGUUGGGCUGUUGUCAGGGGGGUUUUCUUCUCCAUAGAGAGUAUUCUCCGGUCAUCCACAACAGUGGUCUUCCUCGGUCUACUGGGUCUUUUGACAUAAUUGAGUUCACCGGUUGUUUUUUUCUUGUUAAUGAUGAACCAAACUGUUGACUUGGGCAUGGCCAGGGUUUUUGCAAUGUUCCUGAUUGAUUGAUUUUCAUUUCUGAGCCUUAUGACGGCCAGCUUCAUUUCCAUCGACACUGCUGUCUUCCUCAUGUUGUCACACCCCAACAACAAUCUCCAAAGGCAAUAGCAAAGUCUAGAAUCAAUACUAUUCAUCAACAGCUCUCCUGCAUUCACUAACGACACAAAUGAAUACACCUGCCUAACGACACACAUCUGUGAAGCCAAUUUAACAAAUACUUGUAGUACCUUAAAAUGGGGGGACCAUGUACAAACGGUGCUGUAAUCUCUAAACUGUUCAUCCAAUAUUUAUGAAAAUACCCUCAAAUUAAAGCUGACAGUCUGCACUUCACCCUCAUUGUCAUUGUAUCCUUUCAAACUCAAAGUGCUAGAGUACAGAACCAAAAUAACAAAAAAAUGGUCACUGUCCAAUGAAUUAUGGAGCUCACUGUAUAUGGUGGAAACUCCACUAGUAGAUGCCUCCAUCAAUCCAAGGCUUUUAGAUUUGUGGGAAGUAGUGAACGAGUGCACUACUUGGAACGCACAUCAGGGCUCUGGUCAAAAGUAGUCUGCUACAUAGGGAAUAGGGUGCCAUUUUUAACACAGACAGUGUUUCCCUAAAUUCUUCUCCAUUUGCACAGUUACUGUUGUUCAUGUUAGUAUAAUAUCUGACCCCAUUGGAUUUUGCCAGGCAUUUACUUUUCUCAGAUUGAGUCGAUUUUCUUUUUCUGUUUGCUGCAUUUAGUGUACUAUUCAGUGAUUUCUGUUUGCUGCAUUUAGUGUACUAUUCAGUGAUUUCUGUUUGCUGCAUUUAGUGUACUAUUCAGUGAUUUCUGUUUGCUGCAUUUAGUGUACUAUUCAGUGAUUUCUGUUUGCUGCAUUUAGUGUACUAUUCAGUGAUUUCUGUUUGCUGCAUUUAGUGUACUAUUCAGUGAUUUCUGUUUGCUGCAUUUAGUGUACUAUUCAGUGAUUAUCAAUGUUUUCCUCCUUUUGUAGGUUUGAUAAUCCCAUCAUCCGAUGUCCUGGUUUCUCUAAUCCGCUAUGUUUUAGAUCCUUUUAGAUUAUUGUGUCCUUGUAGAUUAUUGCACAAUGUCCUUCCGUGACUCGUAAAUCACUCCUGACUGGUUUCUGUCCCUCUACAGGUGUGGAAGGUGAAGAAAGCCUUUAAGAUACAGAUUAUCUGGAAGGGUGUAAGACCAACGUUCACAGUAAGUCUGGUUUGUUUGUAAAGAUAUGUUUUUCAGAGUUCAUUUGCUCACGAUUACAUUUGUUUUAUGUUAGUUCUAUAUGCAUAUCAAGUGUUUGUCUCACCACAGUUUGGGAAAUCUGACGAAUCAGAGAGAAGGACUGAAGAGUAUGAUACUCUGGUGAGACUUGCUAUAUAUCCUUUUUUGUCCAUAAAAAACCACCAAACAGAGUAAUUGUUCCUUUCUCCUCAAUUUGUAUACAGUAGUAUUGUCAUAAAUUGGAUCCAUUUGAUUUUCCUUGCAAUGUUCUUCUCUUCCCAGGCAAUGAAGUACCUGUCGUAUUUACUCUACCCACUGUGUAUUGGAGGAGCUGUUUAUGCCUUAGUUUUUUUGAGAUACAAAGGGUAGGCUAUAACUUUAUUGUCUGAAUAUUAACAGUUGGAUCUACUACAGCAGGGAUCAUCGACUAGAUUCAGCCGCGGGCCGAUUUUUUAAACUUGAGUGGAUGGUCGGGGGGCCGGAACAUAAUUACAAAAAAUGUGUAGACUGCAAAUUAACUGCAAGAAGCCGAAACAGAUAUAAUGUUUGACUAAAACAUAAUAAUUUCAAACAUUGCUUACAUUUGUAUAUGAUCACGUGUCUCUCUAUUAUGCGUGGGAAUACUUGGGAAAAUAUUUCUUAAAUUAAAAUAACUUGGAGCUGAUUUCCUGGUGUUUUUAUUAUUAUUAUUUUAUGUUUUUGCUCAGAAAACUUUUUGGGCAAAUAAAACCACCCGCAGGCCAAAUUCGGUCCGCGGGCCGCCAGUUGGGGAACCCUGUACUACAGUGAUGGGCAUACUGUAGUCGUUUUUUGGGGAGGGGGCAAUUAUUACUUUGGAUUAAAAACAACCCCAGGCUACACUUGAACAUCUGAUACCUGAUAGAAAGUAUGUGGACAUUUUAAUGGACCUAUAUAUUUUGAAAUAACUGCCCUUUUUUAUGGCCUGCAAAUUGAUUUUGACGAACAAAUCGGUCCAAAAAAAAGAAUCGUCCCUCGGUUGCAUUUCGAAAUCCUAAUCUGAGCCUCUAAAUGUUGCCCUCACCUGGUCUACUACACGGUGUGUGUGUUUUGAAUGUGUAAUAAUGUCUCCUCUGCUUUCUGUUUGACAGUUGGUACUCCUGGAUCAUCAACAGUUUAGUGAAUGGUAAGGUUAUUGAUCUUAUCCUGAGGCCAGCAUGAUUUGCCUUAAUUAACUUUUUCCACUGGGGCUUCCAUACAUAAAAAUCUAUACACACAUAUAUUAUGAUUAUUAUUAAUAUUAUUAUAUUACUUUUGAAAGCUAGAUUUAUUGACUUUGAUGGUUCCUUUUUUGACAGGAGUAUAUGCUUUUGGAUUCCUCUUUAUGCUACCUCAACUCUUUGUUAACUACAAGGUCAGAGUCGUUAUACUAAGUACUAGUGCACAUGUCUUCUGUUAUAUUAUUCAUGAGGGUAAUGGCCAGAUGCUGGUGUCCAUAUCGAUAAUUCUCUUGUUUCAACAGUUUAAGUCCGUGGCACAUCUACCCUGGAAAGCAUUCAUGUAUAAAGUGAGUGGAUAAUAUAUGUAUUUGAGAGAUUGUCGGGUUUUACACUAGAUGUUAGAUGUCUCGGAAAUAGUUUAAUCAUUUAAAGGACAAUUAUAGUAUGUUUACCGGUAUGUGUAGUAAUUGUUGCAAUGAAACAUACAUACAUCUAUCAGAAAAUAAAGACAUCAUAAUAAUAAUAAGUGGAUAAGAAUGAAACUGAGGUAUGUUGAUAAUAGAAGUUUAGAUUUAUUGCGUCUCAUCUUGUCCAUCCCCAGGCGUUCAACACCUUCAUCGAUGACAUAUUUGCCUUCAUCAUCACGAUGCCCACCUCCCAUCGGCUAGCCUGCUUCAGGGAUGAUGUGGUCUUCCUCGUCUACUUGUACCAGAGAUGGUAAGGCAGACACACACACACUGCAGUUUCCCUAAAUUGACUGUUGCAGUUUGUCAAAUGAGUCAUUUGUAACACUAUCUCCAAUGCAUAACAGAAUAUCCUCAGAUUGACUGUCAAUUUGUUUACAACAACCUUUUCCCACCUAUUUUCUCUCCUAAGGCUGUAUCCUGUUGAUAAGACCAGAAUGAAUGAAUAUGGACUGUCUUACGACGAGGAAGAGAAACCCAAAGGGAAAGUCCAUGAAGACUAAAACUAUAACUGAUCACACACGCUGCUCCUGCGAGCCAAGUGUAGAAGAUGGACCUACACGUCGCUGUGCUGGGAUGGGGUACAAUGCCAAUAAAACGCAUUGGUGUUAUUUGUCACAAGGUGGAUUUUCCUAGUAGGGAAGGUUCAGCUAUCCUUACUGCUCUCCUAAGCCCCUCACUUACAUGUAGUCACAUCCUUGCCAGUCACCACCCACCCAACCUUAAACAGUACCUACCCAGACCAUUGAAUACUUGAGUGGGCUUUCCUAAGCAAUGCGAUGAAUAGCACCACACUGGUUGAAUUAGCCACAGCUGCCACCAGUUGAAGGAGCAUGGACCAAGCCAUGAUUGAUGUAUAACAUGAUUGGUGAAUAUAUGUUUGUCUAUGGGAUAGGACCAACUCAGUCCCCGUCCAGCCUCCACCCCUGCCUGCCUGCACCUGUUUACCCCAUCCAACAUAAAAACACCUUAACCCUACCUGGCAUUUCAUGUCAUGAUGUCAUCAGGAGACACACUGACUGAUGUCAACAAUCUGUUUUGUACACUUGGUCAAAGCGUCCAGAAUUCUGAGCUGUGUUUGAUCAUCCAGAAGAAGAUCUCUGCUUUUAUGUUUGUAUUUGACCUUGUAAAGUAUUAGAACAUGAAGACCAUGAGAUGAUGGUGCCAAAUAUGUGCUUUUGAAUGCGAAAAUGUGUGAUGAUCAAUUUUGUUAAUUGUUAUUAAAGCAUUUGAUAAUG